AGACAAAACAAUUUAAUCAUUAACUGAAAAUCACAUACUUAUAAUAAUUUUUUUUAUAUAUAAAAGAAAUAACAAAUAAAACAUUAAAUAAACAUGUUAACGACACGUUUAACUAAACAGGCUUCAAUGCCAAUUGUGCUUAUCUUACUCAUCUGCUUGACAUCCGUUAGUUCUGUGGCCUCACGAUCUCGUGAUAAAGAAGGCAGAAGACGUAAUGAUCGUAUAUCCUCCUCCACCGCCUCCAAUCAGUACAAUACCUAUGGCUCAUCAGUACCCUCAUCGGUGGCCUCCUCAGCGUAUUCCAUUUCAUCGUCUUUACCCUAUAAAGGACCCAUCGAUGAGACUGGCUUUUGUGUCAGACGCCGUGAUAUGAAACUUAUGUGCUAUUGUACACCGGAUGAAAAUCAUGUACCUGUACAAAAGGCCGAAUGCUGGGUAUUCUCUGAUGGUCUACUUCAAAACGAUACCACCUGGACUAGAUUUUAUCAACAGCCACGUUUACGUGAUCUAAAAUUUGUCAUACAAAAUCAUGGACGCCUUGACUAUAUACCCACCCAUAUACUAAAGCCCUUGGAGAAUUUGACCAGCAUCACUAUUGAGUACUCACAAGUGGAAAUCGUGCGCAGCUAUGCCUUUGCCAAUCUACAUCAAUUGGAACGUAUUGUCAUGACAAAUAAUCAAAUAGUGGCUUUGGACCAGGAAGCCUUCGCCAAUCACAUACGUUUGAGAGACCUGAACUUGGAACACAAUCAAAUAUUCGAAAUCGAUCGUAAGGCUUUCCGCAAUUUACCGCUGUGUGAACGUCUAAACAUGAACAACAACAAUAUUUCCAAUUUACAUGAGGGUCUAUUUUCCGAUUUGGUGCGUUUGAUCUAUUUGAAUUUGGCUCACAAUCAAAUUUCCGUUUUGACAAGUGAAAUCUUCAAGGGUCUGGGUAAUUUAAAUGUCUUGAAGUUGACACACAACAACAUCAACUUUAUUGGUGACACAGUGUUUGCUGAAUUGUGGAGUUUAACUGAAUUGGAAUUGGAUGAUAAUAAAAUUGAGCGUAUUUCGGAGCGUGCUUUGGAUGGCUUGAAUAAUUUAAAAACUUUAAAUUUACGCAACAAUCUAUUGAAAAAAAUCGAUAAUGGCCUGUUACGUGGAACUCCGGCCCUACUAUCGCUCAACGUGCAAAUGAAUAAAUUGGAAACAUUGACAUUUUAUACCUUUCAACCAAUUAUGGAUAAUUUGGUCAACAGUAGUAGUGAACUAUUGGUAAAUGAUAAUAAUUUCAUUUGUGAUUGUCGCCUGCAAUGGCUGUAUGAAUUGAAAAAUCGUACACGUCAUCCACAGUUGCGUGACUCGUUGGAGAAAUUUGUGUGCAAUUUACAGGAGCCACAUUUGCACAAUUUCAUUGAGCCAGUGCCCAACCAUGUGUUGCAGUUAUUAAAUGUGGGUGGCAUAAAUGCAGCUUUAAGCACCAGCGAACAGUUCAUGAGUGGAGCCAAUAGUAAAAAACAUCAUACCAAACAACGCCAGGGAGCUCAAAGACGUAACAACAACAAAUUUGAGGGUCAAAUUCAAUUAACAGACGAUGGACAUGCUGGACACGAGCAGGCAUUAGAAAAUUCAGCUUCGUUGAAGAAGAAACGUGCUCUAUCACAGUACCAGGGCAUUGGCAGUUUGGAUGCCAGCAGCACAACCAAGGAUACCAGCCAUACGCCCGUAGAAAGUCACUACAUAUUUGGGGGACCAGACAGUAACAGUGGCCUGCACAAUGAUUAUUUUGAUGCCAACUCUGAGGUACUUUUGACACAUCCCGUCAAAAUGGAAGAUGAACUGGAAUUGAUGAAGCAAAAUGCUUUAUACUCACAGAAUAAUGAUGUUCUGACAUCAGCACAGAGUCACAAUCAUUUGGAUGGUGCAGAUUUGAUGACGGUACAAGCCUUGGCCAUACCAGUGCGUCUGUUCUUAUUGAAACCAGAACGUCUGCCAUGUCAUGAAGAGCUGAGUGAUCCCACUGAAUUGCCGCUGUCCAGAGAUCUUAUGGAUGCACGCAGCAGUAAUGUACAGGUGUUAUCAGCCUCCAUAAAUGGCUCAAUAAGCAAACAUUCCUUCAACAUUUUAUGGCUGAUAUUGGCCAUUGUCUAUGGCACUCAAGUUGGCUAAGAAGGUAUACUUAGCCUUAACUAUUAUACACACUCAUCAGCAUCAUUUUUUAGUUUCAUUUACACACAUCUACACACAUUAAGAAGGGUUUGAAAUGUAAGAAAGAAAAAAAUUCAAAAAAGAAAAAUAAAAUCAACGGGUUUAUUACAUACAAAUAAUUAAAUUCAUUUCGGGGUCAUUAACAUUUUUUCACUAAUAUUUAAAAACAAAAAUUAAAACAAAAAAAACUUACAAAAAAAGAGAAAAAAAAAUAUUAUAAUAUAAGCUAAAUAAGUAAUAAUUUCAAAAUUCACCUUGUGUUCUUAUUCAUAUGAAAGAAAAUUAAUAAAAUUAUUAUUAAUUAAUUAAGUCCAUCAUAAUUUGUGUUGUGCUUUUUUUAUAUAGCUACACAAAACACUACACAAAUAAAUCUUUUACCAA